GUCAUUAUCAACGUGACACCUCUAUCGCUUUCAUCGAUUCAUUUUCGUUAUCAAACUGGACCGAGGCGGAGCAAAAUCGCCGAACUUCACCAGUGCCAUGAAAACCGGCGAGCUAAAUGAGGAGGAUUUAGCUACUAAUCCCGAAAAAAACAACCAAUCUGGUGCUUCUAGCGAAUUCAAGAACCCCCUGAAGACCGUCGGAUUUUUUGGAGUGUACCGAUACGCCGCGACUUUCGACCGAUGGCUUUUGGCGUUGGGCACCUUAUGCGCGAUGGGUACGGGGGUUAUCCAACCCCUAAACGUUCUCAUCUUUGGAUCGCUUACUGGUGACAUUAUCCGAUAUUCGAGCAUCGCUAAAAACCCUCUCAUAAGCGACGCGGAGAAAGAAGUCGCCGGCGUAGAGUUCAUCGACAACAUUAUAGCGUUCGCGAUAAAGAAUUGCCUUCUGGGCGUCGCCAUGUUUAUUCUAAGCUACUCGUCCACUGUACUCUACAACUACAGCGCCGUUCGGCAAGUGAACAAGAUUCGACAGUUGUACUUCAGUAGCUCUCUGAACCAAGACGUGGGCUGGUAUGACCUAGAGCAAACUGGCGAUUUCGCUAGCCGCAUGUCUGAAGACAUUACCAAGCUGGAAGAUGGCAUGGGGGACAAAGUGUCCAUGUUCCUGACCUUCCAAGUUACGUUUGUCGCCAGCGUAAUUUUGGCGCUGGUGAAAGGUUGGGAGCUGGCCCUCAUUUGCCUCACAUCUUUACCGAUCACGAUGAUAUCUAUAGGCAUAGUUGCAGUAUUGACAGGGAAAUUGGCGGUGAAAGAGAUGGACGCAUAUGGUGCAGCGGGUGCAAUCGCCGAAGAGGUGCUGACAGCAAUCCGUACGGUGGUCGCAUUCGGCGGCCAAGAGAAGGAGAUCGCGAGAUACUCCAAUCGCUUAACGUUCGCCCGAAAUAACAACAUCAAGCGAUCGCUGCUGAGCGGUAUUGGUUUCGGACUGUUGUGGUUCUUCAUCUACGCCAGUUACGCGUUGGCGUUUUGGUACGGUAUCAAGCUCAUUUUGGAGGAGAAGUCGCUUUCGCCGCAGGAGCGAGUCUACGAUCCCGGCAACAUGGUCACGGUGUUCUUCGCUGUAAUGCAAGGGAGUGUUAAUUUCGGCAUGUCGUCACCGUACAUCGAACAGUUCGGCAUAUCCAAGGGGGCGGCUACCAAAAUUUUUGCAGUCAUCGAUAGUGCCCCUGUUAUAAACGCCGCGAAGAACGUGGGGCUCAAACCGAAGGAAGUUAAGGGGGACAUUAGCUUUCGGAAGGUCCACUUCGAGUACCCUUCGCGAAAGGGCGUCAAAGUCUUGAAAGGUAUCGACAUUGAGAUUAAGUCCGGGGAGACGGUUGCGCUGGUCGGCAGUUCCGGGUGCGGUAAAUCGACUUGCAUUCAGCUGUUCCAGCGGCUUUAUGAUCCAACAUCCGGGGAGGUGUUCCUCGAUGGAAAGAAGUUGGGUAACUUAGAUUUGACGUGGCUGCGAAGUCAGAUCGGUGUAGUUGGACAAGAACCGGUUCUUUUCGGUACAACGAUUGCUCAAAAUAUACGGUACGGAAAUCUGUCGGCGACGGACCAAGAUAUUGAAGACGCAGCAAAGCGCGCGAAUGCUCACACCUUCAUAUCGUCAUUGCCGCAGCGCUACAAUACACUAGUGGGGGAGCGAGGUACUCAAUUGUCCGGUGGGCAAAAGCAACGAAUCGCAAUUGCGAGGGCUUUGGUACGGAAUCCAUCCAUUUUGUUAUUAGACGAGGCCACCUCUGCCUUGGACACGAACAGCGAGGCUAAAGUGCAAGCUGCACUGGACAAUGCUAGCAAAGAAUGCACCACAAUUAUAGUUGCCCAUCGUCUAUCCACCAUUAGAAACGCUGACCGAAUCGUAGUUCUCUCCGAGGGGUUAGUCGUCGAGGAAGGUACACACCAAGAGCUAAUGGCGAAAGAAGGCGCAUACUACCACUUAGUCAACACGCAGUAUUCAGCAAAUGACUUCCCCCAGGAAUAUGAGGAUGAUGACGAUCCCAUCACCACUUUCGAUGAUAGAAGAGCAUCUUCAAUGAAAGGCAGCAUACUGAUGGAGGACAUGAUACCAGUCGAGGAAAGUAACACAACAUCCCUUAUGGCGAUACUGAAGGUGAACAGGCCAGAAGGUUGGAACAUCGCCCUGGGUUGCAUUACGUCGUUGAUUAUGGGCGCGACCAUGCCAGUUUUUUCGAUACUUUUCGGCGACAUUCUUGGUGUGCUGGCUCUACCGAACGACGAUGACAUUUUAAUGGAAAGUAAUAAAUACGUAAUCAUGUUCGUGGUUACUGGUACCAUAACCGGAAUUGCUACGAUGCUGCAGAUUUACAUGUUUGGGGUUGCCGGCGAGAAGUUGACGAUGAGGUUGAGGCAGAUGAUGUUCGGGGCGAUGCUGAGGCAGGAGAUGGGUUGGUUUGAUGACACGGAGAACGGCGUGGGAACGCUUUGCGCCAAGUUGUCGGGGGAGGCCGCCAACGUGCAAGGGGCAACCGGUCAACGUAUCGGGACAAUCUUUCAAUCGGUAUCGACCUUGGGAAUCUCCGUAGGAGUGUCUAUGUACUUUGAAUGGAGAUUGGGGCUUGUCGCGCUCACGUUUACACCAUUUAUACUCCUCGCCAUUUUUUUCGAAGGACGUUUCGUCAAGACAGAAAAUGAGAACCGUCACAAAACUCUCGAAAGAUCCACAAUGAUUGCAGUGGAAGCUGUUGCUAACUUACGCACCGUAGCCUCGUUGAACGCCGAAGACAUUUUCUAUAACAAAUACUGCAACGAACUGAUGCCCCAGUACCGGAACGCGCUUCGCAACACCCACGUUAGAGCUAUUGUGCUCGGCUUAGCGCGUAGCAUCAUGUUCUUUGCCUACUCCGUUUGCAUGUACUACGGAGGCACACUUAUUGUAGACGAAGGAAUGCCGUUUGAGAAUGUUUUUAAAGUAUCGCAAGCUUUAAUCAUGGGAACCGUAUCAAUUGCGAAUGCCUUGGCAUUUACACCAAACUUCCAAAGGGGCAUUACAGCCGCAGGAAAAAUAUUUAACUUUGUCAAUCGGGUGCCCAAGGUGAUUGAUGCCCCCAAUGCAAGCGCCCCAGAUUGGAACCCAGGCAACAUAAACUAUUCGCGCAUCGCAUUUUCCUACCCCACUAGGUCAGCAGUUCGCGUCUUGAGAGGUUUCGACCUUUCCAUUGUCGCAGGAAAGACGGUCGCCUUGGUCGGCCCGAGCGGAUGCGGCAAAUCCACAGUUCUCCAACUGCUGGAGCGAUACUACGAUCCGCUUCAUGGUAAUGUGUCAGUUGAUGACGAUGACAUCAAGGAAAUGAAGCUGAGCUGCUUGAGAUCGCAGCUGGGCGUGGUUUCACAAGAGCCAAACCUGUUCGAUAAGACGAUAAGGGAGAACAUCGCGUACGGUGACAAUAGUCGGGUAGUUCCCGAAGCGGAAAUUAUCGAGGCUGCUAAAAACGCCAAUAUUCACAACUUCAUCACCAGCUUACCAUUGGGGUACUCCACCAGAUUGGGCGAGCGCGGAACUCAGUUGUCCGGCGGCCAAAAGCAACGCAUCGCCAUCGCGCGCGCCCUCGUCCGGAAACCAAAGGUUCUACUCUUGGACGAGGCCACCUCUGCGCUCGACAGCGAAAGUGAAAAGGUCGUUCAAGAGGCUCUGGAUUCCGCACGAAAGGGUAGGACCUGCAUAAUAAUUGCGCAUCGGCUCAGUACGAUUCAAGACGCCGACGUGAUCUGCGUAAUAGAUCAAGGGAGAGUCUGCGAAAUGGGCACGCAUGCAGAGCUACUGCAACAAAAGGGCAUAUACUACACAUUGCAACGGUUACAAAAGGGAAAGGGUGUUUAGAUUAUUAAUUAUUAUUUAAUUUGUCGACGGAAUUUGCGAGAAGACAACAAAAUGAUUCAGCUCAAAGCAUUAAUUUUUUACUAAUAAAUCCCAUAGUAUAAA